AUGACAAUGCUGGACCCGGAUGAUUUGAGUCCUGGAGAGAUCGUCUUUUCGGCUGAUGACUCUGCUGGAGAACGAUCAUUCUUAGCGGAAUUCUUUGGCAAAAAGCAAUCGUUUGCUCUUGGAAGCAAUUUAACCGGCUUGAUCAUCCUCUGCAUUGUACUCACAGCUGUCGUCGUCAUCUUUUUUGGAUGCUAUCUGAUGAUGAGAUUUAUGCACAAAGCAUUGGCUCGAGAUGAUUCCAAAGAUAUGCUUCGAUCAAAUAACCCAUAUAACAACGUUGUGAUGCAUUCCAAAAGAGUCUACGAAAUUCAAGCGGAGGAAGGAUGUUUCAAUGGACCACCUGAUCCAUUGGACCCAAGUGAAAUUGAUGAUGAACACUUGGGUGAUUCUCAGAAUACGUCGGUUUAUAUUGAAGACGAGGAACCACAAAAAGUGCGAAAACCAGAAAGUGGAGACCUUCGUGCUCCAAGAAACACAGAACAAUUUGAUGAUGACCCGAGAGCCAUGUUGAGGAAAAAACAGAAGGUUCACAAGGAUUCAGUAUGCGCCUUCAUGUUCAAACCUCACAUCGAGCCGAAGAUGGUGUAA